UACCCCGGCCUGUACAACACGGGCAACAGCUGCUUCCUCAACAGCACGCUCCAGAGCCUCGCAGCCGUGGGCCGGCUCGAGCGCUACCUCGUCGCCGUCGAGGCCCUGGCCGAGGAGUGGGACGUGCCGACGCCCGUGACCGACGGCCUGCAUGAUGUUGUGCAGCAGCUCAACCGGCGCCAGAAGCGGCAGCGCGCCUUUGUGCCCACCGCGCUCACCGACGCCCUCGCACGACUGCCCCGCUCCAAUGCCCGCUCCUUCCUCCAGGCCCACCAGCAGCAGGACGCCCACGAGCUUCUGGUGCUUGUCUCGAGUGCGUUGGACGACGAGCGUGCCGCUGUGCUGGCCGAGCGCGAUGCCACGAUCCGUGCCGUCACCGUGGGCCUGGGUGCGGCUGCCAUCGCGCCGUCCUCCUUGCCAUCGUCAUCGUCACCGCACGGCAUCGGCGCCGACGCACAGAGCCCGUUCCGCGGCCUGGUGGCACAGCGCACGGCGUGCAUGGACUGCGGCUACGUCGAGGCCGUGCGCCACUAUGCGUCCGACGAGCUCAGCCUGGCGGUGCCUGCGCGCGCCGGCGCCGUCGUCCGCCUCGAGACGUGCCUGGCCAACUGGGCCCGCCUCGAACGCGUCGACUGGAUCUGCCACCGCUGCAGCCUCGUCGCCACCCUGGCCCGUGCCACGGCCGAUGUCGCGCACAAAGACUACAACAGGAGCAAAAACAAGGGCGACAAGGCACGGAAGCGCAAGCUCAAGGAGGCCACGCAGCGCGAGGAGCGGCUGCGCAGCGCACUGCAGGCCAACCUGGGCGAGGACGACGUCGAGGGCUCGGGCCUGCUGGCCGACGUGCGCAUGGAGCGCGUCAUGAGCCAGCUGGCGACCAAGCACGUCAUGCUCGCGCGCCCGCCCCCGUUGCUUGUCAUCCACCUCAACCGGUCCAGCUAUGCUGCGGGUGCGUUUGGGGCCAGCAAGAACAACGCCACCGUCGUCUUUUCCGAGUGGCUCGACGUCGCGCCCAUCACCACCGCCGGCGAGCUCGACGUGCGCGCCGACCAGCCCAUCUCGCGCUCCGGCACGCCCGGCCCCGAUGGACAACCCUUCUCCUCUUCGUCGUCGUCGUCAUUGCCGUCGCCGCCGCCGCCACAGACGCUCUACCGGCUCUGUGCCAUUGUCGUCCACUACGGCGGCCACUCGUCGGGCCACUACGUCAGCUUCCGGCGGCGGUCUCCUUCCCCGUCGUCGUCGUCAUGGAGCCGCAUCUCCGACGCCGACGUGCAGCCCUGUGCGCCCAGCGACGUCUUUCGCCAGAACCCGUUUUUGCUCUUUUACGAGCGCCUCGAC